AAUAUUUAUCUUGUAAAUUUCACAUUUUAUCUCAUAGAUUUUCCUUUUCAAUCUCUUCAUUUUUAUCUCUUAUAUCUUCUUUUUGAAAUUAAAAUUUUUCUUUCAUUAUUUUUUCUUUAUAUCUCUUAAUUUUUAUCUUAAAAUCUUUCUCGCAAUAUUGCCAUGCUAUGUUUAUUUUUUAUCAUUUUUGUCUCAUAGUUUUGCCUUUUCUUCAUUUUUACCUGUUCAUUUUUCAUGUUCAAAUUGAACUUUUUAUUUCAUUAAUUUUUCUUUAUAUCGUAUUUUUUUAAUCUCAUAAUAUUGCCUUGUUAUCCUUUAUUUUUUCCUUUUUAUCCCAUAGUUUAUCUUGUUUAAAUAUGAAUAUUUCAUUGAUCUUUUUUUGUGUGUCUGUAAUGAGCCUCCAUACAAUCCAACGGUAAGACUUUAAAUUCUGGAUGAACUUUGAUGUAAAAAGUUUGAAGAAUCCGUACAACAGUGAUAACAUUAAAAUCUGUAUUAAUAGAAGGUUUAUUAAACAAAAUGUGAACUGUAAAUAGUAGUUUUCCCUUUCAUUUAAAUCCAGACCUGAUCGAUGUUCCUCCUGGAUAAUAAAACUGUGAUUUCAGAUUAAAAACUGUUGAUUUUUGUGAUUAUCUAGCAGAAGUUUCCUGUUUGUGCUGCAGACUGAGGUUCAGCUUCACUCUGAGUCUGUGUUCGUUGUGUUCCUCUGCUUCCUCGGCGUCCCGGUGAGUCUCGGGGUUUGGUUGGACGAGGUUUGAUGUCAGAUCCAGCUGACGGAGCUCAGAACAAGAGGAGGACGAGAACAGAUUCACAGCAGCUGAGGACGGAAGGAGCUUCGCUGCAGCAGCUGCAGCACCAGAACCAGGAUCAUGAGUCUGGACGAGGACGCCCGAUGGCUGGAGUGGGUCACCAAACAGUUCGAGACCAUCGCCGGAGACGACAAAGAGAUCGACAUCGACGAGUUUAAGACGGCUCUCAAGGUCAAAGAGUCUUUCUUCGCUGAGCGUUUCUUCGCUCUGUUCGACUCGGACGGCAGCAGCUCCAUCAGUCUGGAUGAGCUGCUCGAAGCUCUCGACCUCCUGAUUCAUGGCAGCGAAACCGACAAGCUGAGAUUCCUGUUCCAGGUCUACGAUGUGGACGGCAGCGGUUCCAUCGAUCCAGACGAGCUGAGGACGGUUCUGAAGUCCUGCCUGCGAGAGAGCGCCAUCUCCCUGCCGGAGGAGAAGCUGGAUGACCUGACGCUGGCGCUGUUCGAGUCGGCUGACAAAGACAACAGUGGCUCCAUCACCUUCGAGGAGCUCAAGGCCGAGCUGGAGAACUUCCCAGAGGUGAUGGAGAACCUCACCAUCAGCGCUGCUAACUGGCUGAAGCCUCCAGAAGUGGACCAGAAGAAGCGUCAGACCCCUCGGUACCUGACCCGGGUCUACUGGCAGAACAACAGCCGGAAGCUGCUGUUCCUGUGCGUCUACGCCCUCCUCAGCCUGCUGCUGUUUGUCGGCGCCAUGCUGCAGAACAGCCACGGCGGCGCCUGGUUCAUGGUGGCCAAAGGCUGCGGACAGUGUCUCAACUUCAACUGCACCUUCGUCAUGUUGCUGAUGCUGCGACGUUGUUUAACGUGGCUGAGGGCGACGUGGGUGGUGAGAGUCCUACCUCUGGACCAGAACAUCCUGCUGCAUCAGAUCGUCGGCUACGCCAUCCUCUGCUACACUCUGGUUCACACCACCGCUCACAUCUUCAACUUCGUGCACCUGUCAGAGAACAGUACCUUCAGCCUGUGGGAGUACCUGCUGACCACCCGUCCAGGUAUCGGCUGGGUGAAGGGGACGGCCUCUCUGACCGGAGUUGUGCUGCAGGUGGUGAUCUGCCUCAUGGUUCUCUGCUCCAGCACCUUCGUACGACGCAGUGGACACUUCGAGGUGUUUUACUGGUCUCACCUGUCCUACAUCUGGGUCUGGUCUCUGCUCAUGGUCCACUGUGCAAACUUCUGGAAGUGGUUCCUGGUUCCUGGUCUGGCCUUUAUCCUGGAGAAGAUUGUGGGAAUCGCAGUGUCUCGAAUGGGAGGUCUUUACAUCGUGGAGGUCAACCUGCUGCCGUCCAAGGUGACUCAUCUGGUCAUCAAGCGUCCUCAGUUCUUCCACUUCAAACCUGGAGAUUACGUCUACAUCAACAUCCCGGUUAUCGCCAAGUACGAGUGGCAUCCGUUCACCAUCAGCAGCGCUCCGGAGCAGUCAGAUGCUUUGUGGCUUCACAUUCGUUCAAUGGGUCAGUGGACCAACCGUCUGUACGAAUACUUCAGACAGCCAGAGACCGAGACGGUGAAUCCCAAGCGACUGGCGACGAGCCUAAGGAACCGCCGGCAGCUGCUGAAGGCUCAGGAAGGUCUGUUCAGCUCUGCAGACUGUAACGCAGACGUAGCGUCCAAUGAGGACGACGCCAUCGAGUUGACAAUGUACCGACAGAACGGCUCCAGUGUUCCUCCGACAUCGACGUCCAAACUUGCAGAACCUCUUCCAGACGAACCAGGACCAGCAGAGAGAGGAGAAGCUCCUCCAAUCAGAGAGAUGUCUGCCAAGCUUGGUGAGAACCACAGAUUCUGCAACAUCAAGUGCUACGUAGACGGACCUUAUGGGACUCCUACACGACAGAUCUUUGCCUCCGAACACGCCGUCCUGAUCGGAGCUGGUAUCGGGAUCACACCUUUCGCUUCCAUCCUGCAAAGCAUCAUGUACAGGUACCGCAGGAGGAAGCAGAACUGUCCCAACUGUAACUACUCCUGGUGUGAAAACAUCAAAGACAGCGAGAUGAAGUUGCGCAAAGUUGACUUCAUCUGGAUCAACAGAGAUCAGAAGUCGUUCGAGUGGUUCGUUAGUUUACUGACCAAACUGGAGAUGGAUCAGGCCGACGAGGAGCCCGAAGGUCGCUUCCUGGAGAUGCACAUGUACAUGACGUCAGCUCUCAGUAAGAACGACAUGAAGGCCAUCGGCCUGCAGAUGGCGCUGGACCUUCUGGCCAAGAAGGAGAAGAGAGACUCCAUCACCGGACUCAGAACCAGAACCCAACCAGGACGACCCGAGUGGGGGAAGGUGUUCCAGAAGGUAUUUGAGGAGAACAAAGGGAAGGUCCACGUGUUCUACUGCGGUUCUCCAGCUCUAGCCAAAGUCAUCAAGGCUCAGUGUGAACACUUCGGCUUCAACUUCUACAAGGAGAACUUCUGAUGAGGCCCAGGCUGCCGACACACAACGCCUGCUUCACUUUUACACCUGAACAUGAACCUAAUCCAGUUAAAGUUUUCCUCUGAGUGUUGCUCUGUGACACUGUUUACAUUCUGUCUUUUGGUCGACUAAAAUUAAACACUAAAUAUGUCGGUG